AUGAAGACGCACGCAGGUUGUGUAACAUGCUGUUUGCCAUGCAUAACGUUCGGCCAAAUAGCAGAAGUAGCGGACGAAGGACGAAGUUUGGGAAAAAACAAAGCAUGCGUAGGGCAGGGGAUGGUGUAUGGAUUGUUGAUGAUGGUGCAGUGCCAGUGGGUGUACUCGUGUAUGUACAGAGAGAAGGUGAGGGCAAAGUAUGGGCUGCCGGCUGAGCCCUGCUGCGAUUGCUGCGUCCAUUUUUGGUGCGGUAGCUGUGCGCUUUGCCAGGAACAUGCAGAGCUCAAAGCAAGAGGAAAUGAUCCUUCCCAGGGUUGGACUACCACUCGACCUCCAAACACUGUCUCCAUCUUCAGAUGA